AUGGCCCCCAGUAUUAUACAAGCGAUCGAUGUGCGCACGCCAGCGGCGAGACGGCAGCUCGCAAAGACGACGAUCGAUCUAUUCCGUAAUCUGCUCUUUUUGUUGUUCAUCGUUCGAUACUCUCGAGUCGCUUUCAUCCACCUCUACGGCUAUGGACCUGCUGCUAGCGCAAAGAUGGGCUAUAUCGCCAUCCGCAAGUCACUCUACCGCAUGUUCCUGAGGCUACCAGGUGUACGAGGCAAAGUGCAAGCCGAAAUCAAACAAUCCUUGGACGAACUAGAGAAGAAACUCGUGCCUUCUGGUCCUGGCAUUACAAGAUACACGGCACUUCCUGCUUCAGGAUGGGGUCCUGAUCAAGUGCGCGCCGAACUGGAGAAGUUGCAUGAGAUGAAACAUACCCGCUGGGAGGAUGGACGAGUGUCUGGCGCUGUAUACCACGGCGGUAAAGAGCUCCAGGAGCUCCAGAUGGAAGCCUUUGGCAAGUUUGGCGUUGCCAACCCCAUUCACCCGGAUGUCUUCCCUGGAGUUAGGAAGAUGGAGGCAGAGGUGGUGGCAAUGGUCUUGGGCAUGUUCAAUGCCCCCGCCGAUGCCGCAGGAGUCACAACUAGCGGAGGCACAGAAUCCAUCAUCAUGGCUGUCCUCAGCGCCAGAGAAAAGGCUCGUAUCGAGCGUGGUGUCACUAAGCCUGAGAUCAUCCUGCCCGAGACUGCACAUACUGCCUUCCGCAAGGCAGCCGCCUACUUCAAGAUCACCGUCCACUAUGUACCUUGCCCAGCACCUACCUACAAGGCCUCCCUCGCCCACGUUUCGCGCCUUCUUAACAGCAAUACUAUUCUCCUUGUCGGCAGCGCCCCCAACUUCCCUCACGGCAUCAUCGAUGACAUCCCCGGACUCUCGCGCCUCGCACUCCGCAGAAACAUCCCUCUCCACGUCGACUGCUGUCUUGGUUCCUUCCUGGUGCCCUUCCUCGAGCGCGCAGGCUACGCCACCGAACCCUUCGACUUCCGCGUCAAAGGCGUGACUUCCAUUUCCUGCGACACACACAAAUACGGCUUUGCUCCAAAGGGAAACAGCACUUUACUCUACCGCAACUCUUCACUGCGCAAGUACCAAUACUUUAUCAGUCCUGAUUGGAGUGGAGGCGUGUAUGCUUCUCCUUCCAUGGCUGGGUCUCGUCCUGGCGCGCUGAUUGCAGGCUGUUGGGCAAGUAUGAUGAGUGUAGGUGAACAAGGCUACAUUUCCUCCUGCCACAGCAUCGUUGGCGCAGCAAAGAAACUCGCAGAAGGGCUUCGCAGCCGCGAUACUCUCCGCUCUGAUCUCUAUAUUCUUGGCAAGCCUCUUGUCAGCGUUGUAGCGUUCUCCUCUGACACUCUGGACAUCUACAAUAUUGCUGAUGGCAUGAGUGGCAAAGGCUGGCAUUUGAAUGCUCUUCAAGACCCUGCUGCCAUUCAUGUUGCAGUCACUCUGCCCAUUGUACCUGUGGUCGAGGAAUUGCUCAACGACUUGGAAGCUUGUGUGCAAGAGGAAAGAGAAAAGCAACGACAAGCUGCUAUUGAAGGCAAGAGUAAACCUCUGAAGAAGGGAGAUGCAGCUGCGUUGUAUGGUGUCGCUGGUGCUUUGCCUGACAAGAGUGUGGUAGAGGAUUUGGCAGCUGGAUUUUUGGAUUGUUUGUACAAGGCUUGA